UUCUUAUUUUCCAUAUCUAAAACUAAUUUUAAUAAACUUCAUCUAGCUUUGAGGCAACAAACCAAAUAUUCCAUUUCCUGACCCCUGCGUUGCUUGUUUUGUCCGCCCAGCAGUGCAUGAUGUUUCUGUGAUGCCCUCCAGCAUGUGACUUAUUUGAUUUGUUCCCUGUGCACAUGCUGCAUGUGUUGACGUUUGCUCGCUUGAAGUAUAUCCUAUUAUUCAUGUAUUUUUUAUUUGAAUAUAUUUGCACAUUUUUAAUUAAUCACUUGAGCACAGGUAUUCUUUUUCCAGUGAAUUAUCCGUUGACUUAAACACAUUUUUAAAUGACAGGUAAUUCAUUGGAAAGUAUUGGUUUCUGCUGUUACUGGUGUUCAGUUUUAGGUGGUGAACUGCUUUGUAAUAACAAACAUAGUAAAGGUAAAGAUGGACUCCCAAUAUUCUCAAGUGGAGGCCUUUUCAUUAUACGCAUGGCAUCAACCGUCGCUCUCUUUCUCAAGAUCCACUGGAAGACAACAUUUGUCAAAAAGUCAGCAAACGAGACAAAGAAUAAGAUCUCUUUCCAUCUGGCCUCUUAAAACAGUUGCACCAGUGAGCGUUGUGCAAUUACACUUUGGAGUGAUCGCUGUCUUGGUGCCCUCUGGUGCACAACAUAAGCAUGCGCUAUGAAUAGUCCAACAUGUUUUAUUAUUUUGGCUUAACCACAUUGAUCCUUAGCUGCUCCGUUUGAAAGCAUCAUUGGCAUUGUGCUGCUUUUACUUUAGGUCCUGCCUUGAUCAUGCAUUCAUGAUGGAGUACACGGAUCCCCCACCGUCACUACUUAUUUCCCUUAAGGUUUUCACAUUGAAAUUAAACUGUCAGCGUCGGCUGGUUUCUUCUGAAUAUCUCCAGCAGUGUAGAAGGCCUCACAUUAACCCGUCCUUAAGGGCCAGCAGCCAAAACGUGGCCUUUCCGGGCUUCAGCUGGUUGGCGAACAAAGCGCGGCAGCAGGGAAGACCUCAACCGUCCCCGGCCGGGGAAAGUGUUUGCUGUCGGUCGGCCGGCGCAGGCAAGGACGCAGAGGACGUCAGGCCACCUGAGGAGGAUGGCGCAGGCCGGCUGUCAGAGAGCGACGCCUCACCACGGCGGUUCCGCCAUCAGAGAGGCGAAAACAAAGAGGGGAGGGAGUUACUGCGUCACGGAGGUCUCGAUGCGAGGGCCGGUCUCCAUGGAGCCACCAGCGUAAAGAUGUCCACGGGACGCCAUUUGGUGCCAGAGAACGCCCUUCAUCAGGAUUCAUUCGCCUCCCACGUGCCUUUAAGAUUACAGAUCAAAGUGUCGGGCCAGAGUGGUAGUUUGGGAAUCAGCAUUGCUGGUGGAAGGGGCUCUCUGCCUUACAAACUCUACGAUGAGGGCAUUUAUAUUUCCAGAGUAAAUAGAGGAGGGGCAUCAGAAAAGGCCGGGGUCCAUGUUGGUGAUGGAUUGCUGGAGGUCAAUGGCCUCAAUAUGCAGACCGCCACCCACCACGAAGCAGUCAGCGCCCUGAGGAACGCCGGGAGCUGCGUCGACAUGAUAGUACUCAGAGAAAAGCCGCCGCCGCCGCCUCCUCGAGAGGUGUGUGACCGAGAGGAGGCUUGGCGCGUGACGGGUGGACCGCCGUGCGGCGGCCAGAGGGGCGAGCGGAUAGAAGACUGUUUGCCCUUGAGACGCGAGGCGGCUGUCUGCAACGGCAACGGAAUAUGUGAUUUGGAGAGUGAGUUCAACAGGACCUUGUCUCAGAUGGAGGCCUUGAAGAAAAAUUAUUCACUUCAAGGGGGGAAACACACAAUGGCAAUCCCGCGGAUCAUCCUCACUCAUCCCUCCACCUCAGAUGAAGACGUUGAGCUCUUAACACAGAUCCCCAGCCGAGAGGCGCUACACAAGUCAGACAGACGCCUACACUGUUUCGACAGCGGUUUCCACCCACCUUGACCGCAGCGAAAAGGUACAAGCAAGAAGGACAUCGACUGUUAUUCCCUAGCUCUUUUUUUUUUACAUGUUACUGUGUUUGAUUAGUGUAAAGAAAACUACCAGAAUGUAUUUUUUCUAGUAUGUAAGAUUCUAGUGCUGCUAAUAGUAUUUGGUAAUAUUAAAUGAAUUUGCAAGAAUGGCAACAAACACUGUAAAGCUGGAACAGACUGCUCUCUCAUGUCUAAAUAUUAAUAAUAUUAAAUGCAGUCAAUUUAACAAUGGACACAGCUAGCUACCUCUACUUCACACCUUUGUGCUAAAUAGUGUCCAGGGUAAAUGACAAUGUGAAGGUCUCGAACUUUUUAUAGUCUCUCAAGAUGAGAUGCCACACGCCUGGAUUGAGUCCACCGGAAGUUUGCGUAAUGCAGUCCUGAUUUAUACUGAACACACCUCCCGUAUGGGCAAAAUGACAGAUUAGGAAAUGAAGCAAGUGUUUUCUGAAAUGGCAAAGAGAAUAUACAUUUUGCCGGUCAAUACCUGCCUUGUAUUAUUUUACACUUUUACAUUCUCACUGUUGAUUGUUACUUUCUCAAUAAAGUGCACAAGAGUUGUUCCAAGA